UAGUUCAGGAUGGCUAUCAACAUCCCGGGUCUUGUGGUCAUGGCAGUGUUCUACAUCGUGAUUUUGGGAACAGGCAUUUGGGCGUCCAUGCGCUCCAAGCGGGUGGAGAAAAAAUGCACAGGAGACGGCAUGGAGAUAACACUUCUAGCUGGACGCAACAUUAACUUGCUUGUUGGAAUUUUUACCCUUACUGCUACAUGGGUGGGGGGUGGCUUUAUUCUGGGUAUCGCUGAGGCAACAUACAAUCCAACACUCGGUGCAGUUUGGGCACUCAUGCCUGUGCCUUAUGUCUUGACCUUCUUCUUAGGUGAGUGA